CCGACUAUGCCCGGUGAACGCGUCCGCCAUAUGUGGAUCUAAUCGUCCAACAACCGUCCCUCAUCUAUAAAUUGGGGCCGCGGUGAAGGAGAUAAACUCGUGAAAGGAAAGGAAGGCAGAAGGCAUUUGUCUCGCGUACAAUCGAACAAAGAUUCCAAAUGGCAGACACCUUCCUUUUCACCUCCGAGUCUGUGAACGAGGGUCACCCAGACAAGCUUUGCGACCAGGUAUCAGAUGCCAUUCUUGAUGCAUGCCUCGCGCAGGACCCCGACAGCAAGGUUGCAUGUGAGACCUGCACCAAGACCAACAUGGUCAUGGUAUUUGGUGAGAUCACCACUAAGGCCACUGUUGAUUAUGAGAAGAUUGUCCGUGAGACCUGCCGCUCCAUUGGAUUCACCUCCGAUGAUGUUGGCCUUGAUGCGGACAAGUGCAAAGUUCUUGUUAAUAUCGAGCAACAGUCUCCUGAUAUUGCCCAGGGAGUUCAUGGUCACUUCACCAAACGCCCUGAGGAUAUUGGUGCUGGUGACCAAGGCCACAUGUUUGGGUAUGCCACUGAUGAGACUCCUGAGCUCAUGCCUCUCAGCCAUGUCCUUGCCACCAAGCUUGGAGCUCGACUUACCGAAGUUCGGAAGAAUGGCACCUGUGCCUGGUUGAGGCCGGAUGGCAAGACCCAGGUCACUGUUGAGUAUCGCAAUGACAAUGGAGCUAGGGUUCCCAUCCGAGUCCACACAGUCCUCAUCUCCACACAACAUGAUGAGACUGUCACCAACGAUGAAAUUGCUGCCGACCUCAAGGAGCAUGUCAUCAAGCCAGUCAUCCCUGAGCAGUACAUUGACGAGAAGACCAUCUUCCAUCUCAACCCAUCCGGCCGCUUUGUCAUUGGUGGACCUCAUGGCGAUGCAGGACUUACAGGCAGGAAGAUCAUCAUCGAUACCUAUGGCGGCUGGGGAGCCCAUGGUGGUGGUGCCUUUUCUGGCAAGGAUCCCACCAAGGUUGACCGCAGUGGUGCCUACAUCGUCAGGCAGGCUGCCAAGAGUCUCGUGGCCAAUGGACUCGCUCGUCGCUGCAUUGUUCAAGUUUCCUAUGCAAUUGGUGUGCCCGAGCCUCUCUCGGUGUUCGUUGAUACCUAUGGCACUGGCAAGAUCCCUGACAAGGAAAUUCUCAAAAUCGUCAAGGAGAACUUUGACUUCAGGCCUGGAAUGAUAAGCAUCAACCUUGACCUUAAGAGGGGUGGCAAUGGCCGGUUUCUGAAGACUGCUGCGUAUGGGCACUUCGGAAGGGAUGACCCCGACUUCACCUGGGAGGUGGUCAAGCCCCUCAAGUGGGAUAAGGCUGCUGCGUAAGAUUAAAACCUAAACUAUUCAAAUAACGUCUCUAUAUCCGUCGUAUAUGGUAUUACGAUACUCCCUCCUCUGCUGAUCUUUCUGAUAAGUCAUCACAUCGUUUAUUCAUUGUAGUUCUCUUGUUAUCUUUUUUUUUUCCCCUCUUCUUGUGGGCGUGGGAAACAAUGGAAGCAUCAGUUUAGAAACUUUUCAGUUCGUUUCGGAGUUUGGAUUUAUGCUUAAUCAUUGUGGGUUUAAUGAAAACAAUUAUUGUUUCUUAUCCUAUGAAGUUCUUAUAUGUUUAAUUUGAUUUGCUUAAA